CUCCUCAAAUUCCCAAUUCUUCAAUUCCUCUGAAACUCCCCAAUUCAAACCCUUCCUUCACCUAUGGCGCUCGAAGCUCUCAAUUCCCCGACCAUGGCCGCCCCCCCUCCCUUCGACAAGCCUCUCAAGCCCUGGGUCAAGCGCAAGCGUUCACCCCGCCCAUCUCUCGACGCCGCUCCCUCCGAAGAAGAGUAUCUUGCUCUCUGUCUCAUCAUGCUUGCCCGCGGCGGCGCCUCUCCCUCUCCACCCAAGCCGGUGGCUACCGUCAAGUCUGCCUAUAAUUGUCCCCUUUGCGAUAAGGCCUUUUCCUCUUACCAAGCUCUCGGUGGCCACAAAACUAGCCACCGGAAACCGGCUUCUGUCGACGACCAGUCCACGUCGGUGUCCGGUGCCACGUCGAGUACCACCACGUCUACCUCUGGUGGAAGGGCUCAUGUCUGUAAUGUUUGUCAUAAGUCGUUUCCCACUGGCCAGGCCUUGGGUGGACACAAGCGCCGCCACUAUGAAGGCGGCUCUGCCGCCAUCGGGAAUCGUCAGAGCUAUAGCGGGAUUACUAUGACUUCGUCUGAAGGAGUGGGUUCGACACAUACCGUCAGCCAUAGCCAUCGGAAUUUCGACCUGAAUAUCCCCGCGUCAGCGGCUCUGUCGCCGAAGCUGUUGUUCGCCGGCGACCAGGAGGUGGAGAGCCCUCUGCCGACGAAGAAGCCGCGGUUGUUUUGGCUGCCGGAACCGGAGAACUCGCUGAAUUAGGAUGACUCUUUUCCUGAAUUGGGGAAAAGAGGGAUUAGAAUCGAAAUUCAAAAUUAGUUGAAUUGAGUUUGUUUAUUCAGAUUGGAACUCUGUAUCAGUGAUCAUAAAUUCAAUUAAUUCUUUUUCAAUUAAAAAAAAUGGGUUUUUAUUUUUUUA